AUGGUUCUAGAAGAGUUGCCGAACACCGUGUGCGUGCCACCAGUGGUCACUGCCAGUUCCAUGACCAAGCAAUCCGCUAUCAAACUGCUCAACAUGGUUGCGAACGGGCGGAAGAGACACUCGUCGAUCAAUGAGCAGCAGCUGGUACCGUUGGAGCCGCCCGGAAGUUGCCUCUCGUCACCAACGCCGGGCGGUUCCAGCCGCUGCUAUCAAUCGUCACUGCGCAGCUACAGCAAGUGGUCACCGACCGAGCAGGGUGCGACCCUGGUGUGGCGGGAUCUCUGCGUGUACGCCACGGCCAGCUCACCGAACGGGGAGCACAACGGCGUCUCCGGUAGCCAUCGUCCCACGAUCAAACGCAUCAUCAACAAUGUGAGCGGUGCCGUCACGCCCGGGACACUGAUCGCCCUGAUGGGUUCGAGCGGUGCCGGCAAGAGUACGCUUAUGUCUGCCUUGGCCUACCGCACGCCGCCGGGAACAGUUGUGCAGGGUGAUAUACUCGUCAAUGGGCAACCGGUGGGCCCUUAUAUGUACCGGCUGAGCGGGUUUGUGCACCAGGACGAUUUGUUCGUCGGUUCGCUGACCGUGCACGAGCACAUGUACUUUAUGGCGAAGUUGCGGCUCGAGCGACGUGUUGGCCACCGUGCAAUAGACCAGACGAUCCGCGACCUUCUGGAACGGACCGGUCUGGCAAGGUGCGCCGGCACACGGAUCGGCGAGGCAGGCGACGGGAAGAUGCUGUCCGGGGGUGAGAAGAAACGGCUCGCCUUCGCGACGGAGCUGCUGACGAAACCGACGCUACUGUUCUGCGACGAACCGACGACCGGACUGGACUCGUACAGUGCCCAGGCGCUGGUGUCGACGUUGCAGCAGCUGGCGCGCCGUGGUACCGCGAUCAUCUGCACCAUCCACCAACCAUCGUCCCAGCUGUUCUCGAUGUUCGACCAGGUGAUGCUGCUGGCGGAGGGUCGGGUCGCGUAUGCGGGCCGACCACUGGAUGCGCUUGCCUUCUUCGCACAGCACGGUCACGCCUGCCCGCCGAACUACAACCCGGCCGAGUAUCUGAUCGGUGCGCUCGCGACUGCGCCCGGCUUUGAGAAGGCGUCCCAGCGGGCCGCCCAUCGGCUGUGCGAUCUGUUCGCGGUGAGUGAGGCGGCCGGCCAGCGGGACGUGCUGAUCAACCUGGAGGUACAUAUGGCGGAGAGUGGUGACUACCGGGUGACGGAGGAGAAACAUCUGUCCGGACGGCCGCACUGGUUCCACGCGACCCUGUGGCUCACCUACCGGGCAUUGCUGACCGUGGUGCGGGACCCCACCGUGCAGUAUCUACGCCUGUUGCAGAAGAUCGCAAUCGCACUGAUGGCGGGGCUCUGCUUUACCGGUGCGAUCGAACCGACGCAGCUGGGGAUACAGGCGACCCAGGGCAUCCUCUUCAUCCUCAUCUCGGAGAACACCUUCACGCCGAUGUACGCGGUACUGUCCGUGUUUCCCGAAACCUUCCCACUCUUCAUGCGCGAAACGAAGAACGGUCUCUAUCGCACCUCACAGUAUUACGUAGCGAACGUCGUUGCGAUGCUGCCCGGGCUCGUCGCCGAACCGCUCGUGUUCGUGCUGAUCGCGUACUGGCUGGCGGAGCUGCGCCCAACGUUCUACGCCUUUCUCGUGACGGCAGCGGCGGCCACGCUCGUCAUGAACGUAUCGACCGCGUGCGGGUGUUUCUUCUCCGCCGCGUUCAACUCACUGCCACUAGCGAUGGCCUACCUGGUGCCGUUCGACUACAUCCUCAUGAUCACGUCCGGCGUGUUCAUCCAUCUGAAUACGAUGCCGACCGCGACCCGCUGGCUGCCGUACCUCUCCUGGCUGAUGUACGCCAACGAGGCCAUGUCCAUCGCCCAGUGGGAAGGGGUCACUAACAUUACUUGCCCCGCCGUUGAUGACAAACUGCCAUGUCUCCGCACCGGCAACGAGGUUCUCGAGCACUACAGCUUCGACGAAAGCCACCUGACGCUCAAUCUGUGGGCGAUGGUGUUGCUGUACUUCUGCUUUCACGUGCUCGGUUAUUUAUUCCUGUGGCGCAAAACCAAGCGCUGA